CAUGAAUUACAGCUAACGUUAACAGCCGAAACGGAAGAGCUCCAAGUGCGAACCUCAUGCUGAAUUGAGGUCAGGUCAGGUCAGGUCAUGGUGGUGAAGAAGAAGACGACAGCCAAAGUGGAGGCUGUGGUUCUGGAUGAGGAGAAACUACACAUGCUGAUAGUGUCCCUCUCUGUGGAUGGAGGAGAGGAUGGAGUCUGGCAGGUCGCCCAGACCCUGCAGUCCUGCUUGGAGCUGUCAGAGCCGGUGCAGCAGAUCCAGCUGGUUAAAAAGGCAAGGUCCCAGCUGGAGGCGCUGAGUGAAGAGAAGCCCGAUGGAGCCCUUCUACAGGCCUGUCUCCACGCCCUGUCUCUGGUCUACACCUCCCUGCAGGCCAAGAACCUGGCCCUGCGACGAGCCAUUGCCAGUACCUUAUCUUCAGGACCAGCCUGGCUGCAGGAGCAAACUUUAAGCAAUUUGUCUGCCUGCUUGUCCGACUGUCUGUCCAACCCGACUUCAGAGCUGUACCCACACGUCGUAGACACCGUCGCUGCCUGUCUGGACGGCUUCCCUCUCGGCGAGAGAUGCAUCAACAAACUGCUGCCUGAAGUGUUGCAGUUUCUUGACAAGGGAUUGAGUGAAUACCUGCACCAGAACAGUGGCCUGACGGGACGUCACAUUGCCCAGGCCCAGCUGAUGCAGUCGUGCCUGGCUGCGGUGAAGACGUCCGUGGUGGUGAUCCAGAGGUCCCAGCAGACGAUCAGCGCCGGCCUGUGGGCCGAACGGAGUCGCUGCGAGCUGGAGGACACGCUGAGCGGCCUGCUGGGCCGCUACACGCACAUCCUCACCGACGAGGAGUUUGUCCAGUCAGUCCAGAGCACAGCCGCCAUGGCUGUGGUGUUAUUGAUCAGGUCGGUCAUGGGUUGCGGCGAUGGCGUUGCCGCCGUGGUGUGCAGUUUGCUGCGUAGCUCGCCGCUGGGUUUGGACUCGGCCCCUCAGUGGCUAAAGCGGCAGUGUGAGGGUCUGUGUACCAGCGGUCGCCCGCCGGGUGUAUCCCUGUACCUGUGUCAUGGGGCUCUGGCCAUGCUGAACUGGAAGGGUGCUCUUCCAGGACCACAGUGGGAACAGUUGCUGCUGUUGGUUCCAAACACUCUGCUGGAUCUAGAUGCCAGUAUAAAGGAGUCCAGUACAGCCAUGGUGGUGGCUCGGGUGCUGACCCUGUGGAGCAGCGCUGCCCUGGACUGCUUGCAGGCGGGGGGGCAGCCCUGCCCUCCCCGUCUUCAACAGUCCCUCAGUGGCGGCUCGGAGCUACAGCGACAUCUGCUAGAGCACAUCUACUCCCACUGGGAGCAUCCGCUGGACGGGGUCCGCCACCAGACCCGCUCUCUGUUCCGCAACCUCCUCCUCCUCAAUCAGCACACCAGCCCGUCCGUCUACGACCCAACCGAGGACCCCUACGUCACGGGGCUCACCCGGAGCCUGCUGGGGCUGGAGUGGCACAUGCGGGGGAAGUACGGCUCCUUGGGCUGCCUCGUGGAGCUCUACGGGGCGGGCCACCUGCUCGACAUCCAGCCCCAGCUGCCCUCGUGCCUCCUGGGCCUGAUGGACGACCAGACCCUGGCUCCUUACGCUAGCGACCUCCUGGAGAGGUUGUUUGUGAGCCACAAGGCGCAGCUGGCCAGUGAGGCGGGCGCAGCAGAUGAGACAGCCACACGGGACUGGAUGGAGCGCUGGCACCAGACGUGGGUCACCCCCCUGCUGCAGGUGCUGUGUCGCGCCAGGCUGGACCAGACCACGUACAUCCUGGACUAUUUCCUGCCCAAGCUGCUCCGCUGCAGCCCCUCCAGCCUGGCGCACAUGGUGUGGGCCUUGCAGAAUACAACGCCGCUGUGCAGCACAGGUCCUUCGGGCAGCAGGGGCGCUCUGGGAGCCCUCAUGACGUGCCUGCGGGCAGCGAGGGCCCAGGGUGUUGUUCCAUCCUCAAAGGGGGGUCUGUGGGGAGGACUGGUGCCCCUCUCCCUGCUCCAACAAGCACUGGUACACAAACACGAUCAGGUGAGGAUGGACGCUUUGGGGUUAGUGUGCGAGAGCCACCGCAGCACAGAGGCCGUGACCUCCCAGGAAAUGGACCUGAUCCGCCACUUCCUGCUGCCCAAUCUCAACAGCCAGGCACCAGGCGUCAGACAGCAGACAGUCAGCCUGCUGAGGAAGCUGCUUUGUAGAAUGAAGGACAGCACUCUGCUGCUGCAGAAGAGGCUGGUCCAGGAGAGGGAGCAGGAGCAGAGGGAAGGGGACCAACGCACACUACAUCUCUACAAGGAGUUCCUGCGCUGGCUGUGUGAGAAGCUGCUGGAGGUUUUGCUUCCCGGAUCUUCUUUCUCCAAAUGCCUCAUGUCCCUCCACCUGCUGUGUCUACUGGGCGAGCUCUUCACCUUUAGCACUGGGCCCGACGUGUUUGCCCUCGGCGAGGCCGUGACCUCUGCCCACGCUCAGAAUGUCCUCUACUGCAUUGCCAGCAACUUUCUGGAAGUCAAACAGCUGACCUCCACAUUACUACGGCAACUCCCACCAUCGGCUGUGGGACUUCAGGUCCAGGAGAGGACGCGUGGUGUCCUUCAGGCUGCUCUGGACCUCAGCACCAGCACCAAGCCCUUCGACAGCGUCACGGCAGCCCACCUCCUUAACCUGCUUCUCCACCAGUCGGACCUGCAGCCCAACCUGGGCCCGGCUCUGCUGCACUGUGCUCAGGAGCGGGGCCUCGAAUUUCGGCCUCCCUCCUCUUCACCAGCGACCCAGCCCUCUGAAGCGGUCACCUUGGAGCUCAACGCGCUGGCUGUGGUUCAGUUCUUACUGCACCGUCUGCAGUCGGAGGUGGCGAGGUCAAAGUCGUCUCUUUUGCAGGCAGCUGCUUCCUAUCCCCUGUAUGGCAGAGUCCACUGCAUCACCGCGGUCCUGCAGCAUCUACACACAGAGAGUCUGAGUCAGACGGAGCAGUGGCGAUGUGUGGUGUCGGAGCUGGUUGCCGUGUGCUACAGUAUGUCCGACGUGGUUUCCCCUGUGGUCCAGAGCUCCUCCCCAGAGGGACUCAUCCCAAUGGACACUGGCUCAGAGGCGUCCGCAGGUCUGCAGAGGAUCCUGCAGGAGAUCCAGCCCAGAGACACCAAUGACUUCUUCACAAGUGCCAGAGAGCUGGACACGCACUGCGUUGAUGACCGCACACAGACCACACACACACCGUCGGCGAACACAGGGGCCGAGGGCUACAGGGUGACAGCCCAGAUGGUGCUGGUGUGUUGCUGGCGAAGCAUGAAGGAAGUGGCCAUGCUGCUUGGACAGCUGUGUCAGAGCAUGCCUCUGCGCUGCGCCGCCGACACACACUCCGGACUCAUCACAGAAGAACAGGUGGAGGGUGUAGGCCUGUACUUCCGUCAGCAGCUCCUGCAGUCCCGUCACCGUGGCGCCUUUGAACUGGCUUAUGUGGGCUUUGUACGCCUUACCGACAUGCUCUGCAGGAGUGGAAGUCCGGCCCUGCAGCAGCUUCCGGCCCGCUGGCUGUCUGAAGUUCUGGAGGAGGUCAAGUCCAGUGACCCGUCGUCCAAGCUGUGUGCCACACGACGCAGCGCUGGGAUACCCUUCUACAUCCAGGCUCUGCUUUCCUCCGAGCCAAAGUCGUCCAGUUGCUGUCUGCUGAAAAUGACCAUGAGAGAGCUGAUCGCUUUGGCCGUGCCCUCCGCCAACAGGACCACGGACAGCUCCACCGUCCCUCAGGUCCACGCUCUGAACAUCCUCAGGGCGCUGUACAGGGACACGCGUCUGGGGGAAAACGUCAUUCCCUUCGUCUCGGAUGGAAUGCAGGCUGCCGUGCUGGGCUUCACCUCUCCUGUUUGGGCUGUUAGGAACUCCUCCACUCUUCUCUUCAGCACUCUGAUCACAAGGAUCUUUGGGGUGAAGAAGGGGAAAGACGAGCACUCGAAGAAGAACAGGAUGACGGGCCGAGAGUUCUUCACUCGCUUCCCGGCUCUCUAUCCGUUCCUCCUGAACCAGCUGGAGGAGGCUGCAGCCACGGUGGAAAGUGACAGCGGUCAGGUAAAGCUUCACCCCAGUCUGUUCCUGCUCCUGCUGGUGCUCAGUCGACUCUACCCUUCCCCCAUGGACGGAUCCUCCUCGCCUCUGGGACUCGCUCCUUUCAUGCCCUUCAUCAUCAGGUGCGGCCGCUCGGCUGUGUACCGGACCAGAGAGAUGGCGGCCCGAGCCCUCGUUCCCUUCGUGCUGGUCACCCAGGUCCCAUCCACCGUCCACGCGUUGCUGCAGGAGCUUCCUGCGCAGCCCGGACCCGAGAUCCAGCACAACCACCUCCACGGGACUCUGCUGCAGGUGCUGUUUCUGCUGCGCUCCUACCAGACCGACUCGCACAGACCCCUGCCAGCAGGAAGCGGCAUCACCGAAGGCCUCUGUCGGCGCAUGUGGCUCGCCUCUCGACAGAAUCGCUGUGAGGUGACCAGAGGAGCUUUUCUGGAUGUGUUGUUGUGCCUGUGCGGGCCAAAGAUCAGUCUCCUGGACGAUUCAGAGGUCGGUGCUCUGCGUCAGGAAGCUCUGUCCACCCUGAUGGCCUCUGAACUCGUCACCUCCGACUCUUCCUCCAGCACCCUGGGGCUCGGCGGCACCCAGUACCUGCUCAGCCUGGCCCGCGUGGCCCUCAGCGCCGGCGUGGACAUCCCUGAGCUCUGGGGGGGGCCUCGGCCCGCGAGCCGGCUCCUGUGGUGUCUGCUGCAGCACCCCCAGUACGAGGUGAGGGAGCUGGCCCUGGAGGGGGUCAUGAGGAGGCUGCAGGAAGAUGAGGAGGAAGAAGAAGAAGAAGAAGAGAAGAGGAGACCCGAGUGGCUGGACGAGCCCACCCUGUCGAUCCUGACCGGCCUGGCUCUUCACGAGACACACCCCCAGUGUCUGGCCAAGGUCCUCAUGGUGCUGCGUGUGUUGAGCUUCCGCAGAGCGCUCGAGUGGAGAGACGGCGCUAAGAUCUUGUCCCAGGAGGAGGCCCUGCUGCGCCUUCUGGCUCUGGCUCAGGAUUCUGCUCUCAGUGUGGAGCUCCACUGUGCUGCCCUGACCCUGGUCUCUCAGCUGGUGGUCCAAUUGGUGAACUCUAACCCUCAGGGUGUGAGUGCGGUUGCUUGUUUACCCGAGUGGGCGUCGCUGGUGUGCUCGAGCUGCGGCGAAGAGCAGCCCGUGGAGGUGAAGCUGGCAGCCGCCGAGGUGCUGGUCGGCUGUACAGCCCCCGUGCUGACCAGCCCCCAUCUGCCCCUGGGUAUGUCAACCUCACUGUCUCUGUGGAGGAGUCUGUUUAUGCUGCUCCAGGAUGAAGACCAGGAUGUGCGAGAUUCGGCUUCUGAUUUCAUCUCUAAUGUACCAGCACCUCUGCUCAGUACAGAUGUGACCGGUGCGUUCGUGUGUCCUCCCGUGGCCCUGGACGCGGGCGCGGGGCUCCUGUGUCGCCUCUUGGAGCCGUGGGGCCAGACGGCGGCGGGUGUCCUCGCUCUGACGGAGUGGCUGCUGGGCGACAAAGAAGCCGGCGAGGAGGCGGCCGAGGACGACGCCCCCGGUCUGGACGAAGAGGAUGUCCUGUUCGAGAAGGGGGACCUGAAUCUGUGGGCCGAGCCGGUCCAGUGGGUGAAGCUGCUUCACGGACACAUUGGCGCCCUCGUCCCGCCCGCCGAGCAGACCGGGGACCCAGGGAUCGCACGGCCGGACCAGGUCCGCCGGAUCGGUGCGCUGGCGACUCGGGCCCGAGCCCAGGCCCAUAGCUCCCAGCGGGCCCUGGACGCCCUCCCUGCCCUGCCCCAGUUCUCCUCCCCCAUUGAGCACGCCCGGCUGGUGCUGAGGCACCAGAGGGCCACUCUGUCUCUAGAUGUGCUGGAGAGGCUGAGGUAGCGGCGUUUGGCUUUUUAAUUUGUAUUAUUUUAGGGUAAGAAUUUCAGUGUAAAGUCAGUGUUCCUAAUAUUGAAAUGGAAGAAAAGUAUCAGAUAAAUGCUUCAAUGAACUCUUUCCUCGUCUCCCACUUUGUCUUGCAUAUGUUCAUUGAUUACCAAAUGUGUUUUACAUUUUUACGAUUACCCUUUUUCUCGAUGUCAUCUUUUUUUAAAUAAACAUUGUGUCUAACAAUA